AAAAAAAAAAAUUGAAGUAGAAGAAGAAGAAGAAGAAUAUCUCCACUCGUAUCAUUUUGGCGCCAGGAAAGUAAAAGGGCAACACUCAAGUCAACAUGGAGACGGAGGAGGACGAUUCGGUAAGCGAGUUGUUGCGAGACCGAUUUAGACUUUCUACCAUCUCUAUUGCCGAAUCCCAAGCGAAGCAAAACGACAUGGAAGUGUCUGAAACCGUAGUAGCUUGCAUUGGUGAUUUGGCUUUCAAAUAUACAGAACAGUUAGCAAAAGACCUUGGGCUAUUUGCGCAGCAUGCUGGUCGGAAAUCUGUGAACAUGGAAGAUGUCAUACUCGCCGCUCAUAGAAAUGAACAUCUAGCCGCUUCAUUAAGGUCUUUCGGUGAUGAGUUGAAAGCCAAAGAACCCCAAUCUGAAAGGAAGCGAAAGAAAGGACCGAGGAAGGAAGAAAAACUAAAAGCAAGUACAAGUGUUGUACAUAUUGAAGACUAGUUACUAUUAAAAAAAAGGUUGGAAUUUCUUUAUCAAACUCUACUUAUGCAUGUGUCAACUACAAAUUUGGUUAGUUUGUAAACCCAGAUCAUGUUGUUUGGUGUUGCCAAGAUUAAUAACUAUUAUCUUGGUUCUAGCCCCAAUAAACGAGAACAUACUGCUCAAAAGCCUACUACAGCACUGGAAAAUGUACUUCAAUUUCUGGAAUUGCUGAGGACAGUCGUGGAGUCCGCAAUAGUGGUCUGACCAAAAUGUAAGCUCUUUGGCAAGAUAGGUUCACAUUCAUAAGUGUUUAAGACCGGUUUGAUACCAACGUCACUGCAGUGGUGUGUUCAGCUUUCUGUACUAACAACGGACCAACUAAUCUUGAUUCAUUUGUAAGAAUAUAGGUUAUUCUACUUUGAGAUGGAAUCCAUGAUUCUUAGCACCAUUUCCUUUUGGAUUAUAGAAUAAAUUUCAAAACAGUCAGCACAGUCAAUAAACUGAAGUUGUGUACUCAAACAACAUGAAUGAUGAUGAAUUGGGCGAAGUUUAAGUUUAAUCUUGUUAA